AUGGACCCGUGCAUGUCGAGCUCGUGGUCAUGGUAUGAAAGUCGUCGUGAGGGCUACGCAUCGUUCUCCGACCGAUCAUGGUUCGCUGAGAAGGGCAAGGACGCAACAGACGCAUGGUGCCAUUCGGAGAAACGCAAGGACGUGAAACCUUCCUGGUGCGCUUCGGAAGAGUCUAAGGGAAAGGCCUCUACCGUGUCGACUUCGCAAGAAAACGAUGGCUGGCAGAAGUGGACAUGGCAAGAUUCGUCGUAUUUUGCCGAUGGAAACAAUGGCUGGGAGGACUCGACAGGGCAAGAUUCGUCUUGGUGGUCAUGGAAUGAUCCAAAGGAGGCACCCGCUCGACUGAAAUCAUCCGCUGCCGCACACCGGGAUACGACUGCCUCCAAGGAGCCGGAGGUUGUGGAGAUCAGCAGCGAUGAUUCCUCAGAAAAUUGGGGACAAUGGGGAAAAAAAUGGAGUGGCCCAUCAGGUGCGUCCUGGCCUUCAAGGGAUUCCUGGUCGCAAUGGGCUUCCAAGUCUCGAAAGGCACCAGUGGAAGCCCGAGAAGCAGAACCCAAGAGAUACAAGUAUGAUCCGACCACCUCCAGGGGCAGGAGCAACCACGACGAUUACGAUUACGUGGACUGA